UUUAUUCACUCCUGUCAGUCAACAAUUUACUCAACAGAAAAACUGCAAGUAAUUCGUGAGUCGGGGGUUUUGUUGAUAGAUAAUUUCUUCUUAGAAUUAAAAUAAUGUCUGCAAGGUAUGAUAGGGCGAUUACUGUUUUUUCACCAGAUGGACAUUUGCUUCAAGUUGAAUAUGCCCAAGAAGCUGUUCGUAAGGGUUCUACCGCUGUCGGUGUACGUGGUGCAAAUGCUGUUGUUCUUGGAGUAGAAAAAAAAUCAGUUGCUAAACUUCAAGAAGAAAGGACUGUAAGGAAAAUAUGUUCCUUGGAUGAUCAUGUAGUUAUGGCCUUUGCAGGUUUAACUGCAGAUGCACGUAUUUUAAUUAAUAGAGCACAGAUUGAGUGCCAAUCUCACAAACUUACUGUUGAAGAUCCAGUUACAUUGGAGUAUAUUACAAGAUAUAUAGCUGGCCUCAAACAAAAAUAUACCCAAAGUAAUGGUAGACGUCCAUUUGGAAUAUCAUGUUUGAUAGGUGGAUUUGAUUAUGAUGGUACUCCACAUUUAUAUCAGACAGAACCUUCAGGAAUUUAUUAUGAAUGGAAAGCUAAUGCAACUGGCAGAUCAGCUAAGACUGUUAGGGAAUUUCUUGAAAAAUAUUACACACCAGAGGAAGUUUCUUCAGAGAAAGGAACUGUGAAGUUAGCUAUCCGUGCCUUAUUGGAAGUUGUUCAAUCCGGCCAGAAAAACUUAGAAAUUGCUGUUAUGAAGCAUGGUGAACCUCUCCAAAUGUUGGAUGGAAAUACGAUUGAACAAUAUGUAACUGAAAUUGAGAAAGAGAAAGAGGAAGAAGCAGAGAAAAAGAAAGCUAAAAAGUAACUUAAUAUAGGGUGUAAAUGAGAAUUCUUUAAAUGUUUCUUUUUUAAUAAAGUAAAAUUAAGUAUG